AUUUUACACCAUGGUAUCGAGUACAUUCAUCGUGGCCCUUGUUUUAGGAGUUACACAUGCCUUUCCAACACCCAUGGGCAACAGCCCGGACGACAAUACCGACCUCAUUGCUCAACUCAUUACCACGCCUACGCAGAUCAAACGUUACCGGAAGCUACUCACCGACGAGUCGGGCAACAAACUUCUCGACGGCGAUCGUCUGACUAAUGCGACAAUCUGGGAUUUCGAGCAAAACGGCUUUGUCGUCCCUGGAGGGCAAGGCGGCCUCGCGAGCGCCGCCAACCUCGAAACAUUCCCGUAUCUCAUCAACAGCGGUGUGACCCUGACAAUGGGUACUCUCGGCCCCUGCGGGAUCUUUCUUCCACACGUGCACCCGCGCGCCAACGAGUUCUUCGUCGUCACCGAAGGCGAAGUCGACUUCGGCACACUGCUCGAGCUAGGCCUCUACGAGAACCUGGCACCCAAUCCGGAGAUCGGUGGAAAGUUGACGAAGAAUAAAGGGACUCUGUUCCCCAAAGGAAGUGUGCAUUACCAACUGAACAAUGGUCCCGACUGUAAGCCUGCAACGAUCUAUGCGACGCUUACGAGCGAGGAUGCAGGGAGCACGCCUAUCCUGAUGGAUCCGCUUCGAGCAAAUGUGACGGUGGGAAUGAGGAAAAGGGUCGAUGCAGGUGAUUUUGAGAGUGUAAGGGCGGUCACUCCGCUUCAUAUCGCCGAGGUCGUGGAUAAGUGUCUUGCGCGCUGCCAUGUUUCUUAG